CAUUCUUCUAUUUUUUUUCUCUACAAAUAUAUCUUAAUACCUUCCUGUACUUUCAAAAUCGACCAUUAAAAAUUAGGUUUGAUUUAAAAGAAGGAAUAAAAUAAUAUAACAAAAAUUUUAGAUUAUACGUUAUCAACACAAAUAGAAAUCAUUUAGUGUCAUCGAAAAGUAUUUUAUCAGUAUCUAUCAUCGAUAGAUUUCAAAAUUUUAUUGUAUUUGUAAUUUUUAACUAUUUUAUCAUUUUGAAUGAUUAUAUUUUACUUCUUGUAUUUUAAUAAUAAUAAUAUUUAAUUUUGCAUUGGAACAAUUUUGGAUGUAUUUAAUUUGAGUAAAAAUGGAAAUAGCAAUUUGUUAACUUAAAGAUAGAUUUAAACUUAAAUAAAUAUCCUAUUUAUAAGUUAUAAUAUAUUAUAUUAACUACACAUUAAAUGACUACAUAAAUUUGAUAUUCACAUUUGGAUUUAAAUUGGAGCAAUUAAAUGUCAAUUACACUAAAAAACACAUUUAAAAAAUAAACAUGAAAUAUAGCUCUCUCCAUUUCAUUGUAUUGUAUUAAAUCUCAUAUUCAAAAAGACACAUAGCUUAAAUUUAACACAAAAAGUAAAAAUGAGAAAAUGGAACACUAAUUUUCAGUCUAUAAAAACACUCCACCUGCCAUCCGCCUCCUUCUACAUUCUUCCCCAAAAGCAAAAGCAAAAAAAACCCAUUAACAGGAGAGAGAAAUCUCAUUUUAGAGUGAGAAAAAGCCUCCAUUGUUACAUUUUCUAAGUAAAACUCAGCAAAGAAGGAAAUGGAGGGGAAAGAAGAGGACGUUAAGCUAGGAGCAAACAAGUUUUCAGAAAGGCAGCCAAUUGGCACAUCGGCGCAGACGGACAAGGACUACAAAGAGCCACCGCCGGCGCCAUUGUACGAGCCGGGCGAGCUGACGUCAUGGUCGUUUUACAGAGCCGGAAUCGCGGAGUUUAUGGCCACUUUCUUGUUCCUCUACAUCACCAUCUUGACGGUGAUGGGAGUCAGCCGAUCUCCGUCCAAAUGCAACACCGUCGGCAUUCAGGGCAUUGCUUGGGCCUUCGGCGGCAUGAUCUUCGCCCUCGUCUACUGCACCGCCGGCAUCUCCGGUGGGCACAUUAACCCGGCGGUGACCUUCGGGCUUUUCCUGGCCAGAAAACUGUCCCUCACAAGAGCAUUAUUCUACAUCAUAAUGCAAUGCCUCGGCGCCAUCUGCGGCGCCGGCGUGGUCAAGGGCUUCGAGGGGUCCACCUACGUGCAGAAGCUGGGUGGUGCCAACUUCGUGGCCUCUGGCUACACCAAGGGCAGCGGUCUGGGUGCUGAGAUCGUCGGUACCUUCGUUCUCGUCUACACCGUCUUCUCCGCCACCGAUGCUAAGAGAAAUGCCAGAGAUUCUCACGUCCCUAUUUUGGCUCCUCUUCCCAUUGGGUUUGCAGUGUUUUUGGUUCAUUUGGCCACCAUUCCCAUCACCGGAACCGGCAUUAAUCCGGCCAGGAGUCUCGGAGCUGCAAUCAUCUACAACAGGCAACACGCUUGGGAUGACCAUUGGAUCUUCUGGGUGGGACCUUUCAUCGGAGCUGCUUUGGCUGCUAUUUACCACCAAAUCAUCAUCAGAGCCAUUCCAUUCAAGGCCAGAGCUUGAAGAUCAGAAGAACAGUUUCAAAAUUCUUAAUAUCAUUAUUAUCAUUUCCUAAGAGGUCAUCUUUGGAAUAUAUCAUCUUCUUUUUUUCAUUUCUUUCUUAAUAUGUGUGUUCUUCUUUAUCUCUUUUUUGGUAUGUGUAAACUUCGUUUAUUUUGGUGUUCUUGAGAGAAACUGAGAUGGGUUUGUGUGUAAAUUAAGUUAUCUGUCUUAAUUAUUAGUGGAUGUUGUAAUUUUCAAGUUAUGUAAUGGAUUAUAUAUUAAUUCUUUUGUGCAA